AUGCUCAUUGUCGACCCUAGAGGUGAGUUGCCGAUUCCCGGGACCCCAUUCCGAGAUCUUCCCAUGCUUGAUGAAUCUUCUGAUAGUGACCUGGACUCGGAAAAUUCUGAUGAUGAGGUGUUGGUGGCUCCACCUUCAUUGUUGGAACGACCGACGCCCACGCAGACACAUGGUGGGGAGACGCGGGAAAGACAUGCAGACUCUGCACCAGAGCCGAGACAGAAGAAUCAGCGGGACCACGUCAAUGUCCGUGUGUACGUCGUCCAUGGUGGUGCUUUCAGCACGUAUGAAGCCAUGUGGGAAGGUGUGCCUAUGGUGGGUAUACCGCUUUGGGAGGACCAGAUGGAUAACAUGGUCCGCGUAGAGGCACAAGGCGCUGGUCUCAAGUUGGACAUCAGUGGUCUCAAAUCGGAGACUUUGAGCCGGGCCAUUUGCAGAGUCAUGACCGAGCCUGGAUUCCGCGAAAAUGCACAGCGUGUCUCUAAGAUCCUGCGCGACCUUCAGAAUGCUGACAGACCGGCAGACAACGUGGCUCGCUGGAUCCUUCACGUCACACGGUUUGGCGGCGACCAUUUACGACCAGCAGUCAUGGAUCUCAAUUACGUUCAGAGGAAUCUCCUAGAUGUUUACCUUUUCAUUGGUCUAGGUCUGGCCUCAGUUAUCAUGAUCAACGCGUCUGUUUGCUAUUUUUGUUGUCGGAGCCUGUGUCGUAUUGGCAGAGGCGACCAUUUUAAGAAGGAGUGA